ACAGGCAUUUGAAAAGAAGGGGGUCUUGUCUUGUUUUCUUUUCUGGCAAAUCUACUGAUCACAUACCAUUUCUGCUUUGCUUUUUGUCACUCAACCAGACCCUUCAAAAAUCAUAAGUUCUCUGUGUCUAUACAUGAACACAGCAACAGACCGUUGGUUCACACAUUUACUAAACCUGCUUAGAAAACAAUAAAGCACUCCCACCACACCACAUUAAUGUUCCUAUUUAUUUAUCUCUCUGCACAACUAUAGUGUAGUCUUGCAUUUACAGCAAAAACUAGUGAAGCUCAACUGUGAAAAAUUUCAAGAAAAGAAAAUGGUAAGAAAAUCAAGGAAAUUGGAGCAAAGAUCAGAGCCACCAAAUGUAAGAAGAUCAAGCAGAUUUCGUCAGAGUGUAGUCUAUGCCAACGAUGCCUCGGACUCUUCGGAAAAUGAAGAAGAGCUUCCAAGAAUAACGGCUAUCAGAAAGUGUAACAGCGAGAAGAAGAAGAUGAGUGCACCAGCUGGAAAUAAGCAGCAACUCCCACCACUCGCUAUUGGUCAAGAAAUGGUACCUGAGGAAACUGCGGAAACUAUGGAUGGGGUACCAGUGGUGGAGCUUCCUUCUUCACCCGUGGAAGAAAAGCCAAAACAUGAUCGCCUCUUCCUCCAUGAACAAGAACGGACAGAGGAGGAUCGUCAACGCCUAAUAGAUGCAGCAUGUGUCUUUAAAUCUGAAUUAGUGGCCCGUCUUAAAAAUUCUGCCGGCAAUCUGAGCACCACUGAAAUGAAGAUCCUUGCUAGUAACUGCUAUGAUGUGCUGGAAGUGUUGGGAGAUAAUUUUACCUCAUUUAAGAGUGAAGUUAAUAAACUGAUUGUCCAACACCAAAAGGUACAAUCUGCUGCUAAGGACAAGGAAGCUUGGAAUGACUGGGACAUGAAGGCUCAUUAUUUUGAACAAGCGCAGUAUUUUUCUAAGGUGAAACAGGAGUUAUUAUUUGCUGAAGAAAAUCUGUCUGAAGCUAAGUCGAAGGUUAAUUGUCUGAUGGUUAAGAAAGAAGAGAUGACAGAUGCCUUGCGUAUGCUUACAGAGGAGUUGUAUGAGGAGGGAGAGAGGGUGAAGUCUAUGACACAAGAGAGGGAUCGACUAAAACUUACACACUCUGAAAUUGAAGUGGAACUCAGGGGAUUGAACGCAAAGAAGAAUGAGGCUUCUGUGGCAUUUGAGACCUAUAAUGCUGCCAAGGCAGAAUUUGAAAGGAUGAGUGAUCAAUUGAUGCAGUUAAUAAACAAAAAAUGAGGUGACUGUAAUGCUAGAAAAACUAACUAUCAGUAACUUGUUAUGCCAUUUUACCAGAUUAACUACUUGUUCAGUUUAUGCCACUACCAUUACAUGUAUGACAAGAUUUUAAGAA